AUGAAGAGGGGGCGGGGGCAGCGCCGGGAAGGUGCCGGGGGGGCUCGGGAGGAAUUUUGGGGGUUCCUGAAAAAAACAUUGGGGGGGGGCGGGGGGAUCUCGGGGGUCUCGCUGGCGUCUGACCCCCCCCCCCCCCCCCCCGGCCUCCCAGGGGAUCCCCAGGAGCAGCUGGUUCGGCACUUCCUGAUCGAGACGGGCCCGCGGGGGGUCAAAAUCCGGGGGUCCCCGGAGGAGCCGUACUUCGGGAGCCUCCCAGCGCUGGUGCUGCAGCAUUCCAUCACCCCCAUCUCGCUGCCCUGCACGCUCCGCAUCCCCCACGCAGAGCUGCAGGAGGAGCCCCCGGAGCUGUCGGGACCCCCCAAUGUCAGCACGGCUGGAGCCCUCCUGAGGCAGGGGGCAGCCUGCUCCGUGCUAUUCCUGGGCUCGGUGGGCACCGAGGCCCUGACGGGACCUCAGGCCGUGGCCAAGGCCGUGGGGUCCCUCCUGGAGGGGGCCCCGAGUGCGGGGGGGUGCCCCCGGCCCCCUCCCAGCCCCGUGCACUUCAAGGUGUCGGUGCAGGGGAUCACCCUGACGGACCGGCAGCGCAAACUCUUUUUCCGCCGGCACUACCCCGUGAGCAGUGUCACCCACUGCGGCACCGACCCCCAGGAGCGCAGGUGGGCGAACCCCGACGGGACCACAGCCAGGAUUUUCGGGUUCGUGGCGAAGCAGGCGGGGGCCCCGGGGGGGGGCAACGCGUGCCACGUGUUUGCAGAGCUGGACCCCGAGCAGCCAGCAGGGGCCAUCGUCACCUUCGUCACCAAAGUCCUGCUGGGAACGCGUCACUGAGAGACACUGGGACUCCUCCCGCACCCGAAAAACCACCUGGGGACUCCCAAAGCCCCCCGAGACAGGGGGGCCUCGGGGGCACCCUCCAAACCCAGUGAGACUCUCUCCCGUCUUCAUCGAGGUCCUGCUGGGGACACAACACUGAGGGACCCCCAGAACCCCCUGGGACCCCCAAAGCCCCCUGGAGACCCCGUGCAAAGGGGGGGACAGGGAUGCACACAUAACCAAUACCCCCCCAUCAUCACCUUUAUCACCAAGGUCCUGAACACCCCCAAACCCCCCAAACCCUCCCACACACCCCGAUUCGAGGGAGCACAAGGGCACCCCCAUAAUCACCCUUCCCCCAUCUUCAGCACCAAAGUCCUACUGGGGAGCCCCAAACUCCCCCUGAGACUGCCCCCAGACCCCUCCAAAUACUCCCCAGACCCUCCAACUGCCCCUGAAGGGCCCCCAAAACCUCCUACACCCCCCCCCACCAACCACCCCCUCAAGUGAAAAGGGGUGAUUGGUAGAAAAGGGGCACAGGGACGCCCUCUGCAAUCUGGGGGGUCCUGGAGGAAUCCAAAUAAAUCCACAUUUAUUUUGG